AUGAGCUCCCACUGCCGUCCAGGCCCACGCGCGAUAACCCCGUUCCUGCUUGGCUCUCCCCUCGCAUCUCCCCGCCCACUGUCAGACGCCGCCGGCCACCAUCAUCAGUUAGAGACAGAGCCUGAGCCUGCGCCAGAGCCAGAGCCAGAGCCAGAGCCAGAGGCGGCCAAGUCCCCGACAGAGACCCAGGAUCCGCGUUCACCUGCCCAUCCCUCCGCCCAUUUGUCACGAUCCCUCUCUGCCCGAAGCGCCAGGCUGUCUUCCUCUCUCCUCCCCGCCCUCCGCCUCGCCGGGCUUGCUCCUGACCCCGACCGCGACCGUGUCCGCGACAGAGCCCGCGACCGCUCCUCCCGUGACAUGCGCUCCUCCUCCUCCCGCUCAUCCAAGGACACCCACACAAAGCCCCGCCCCAUCGUCGUCCUCAAGCUCUCCGGCUCCUCCUUCCUCGACACCGUCAUCAGGGACGACAAGUCCAAGGACCCCAUCUACAUCCUCGAGACCACCGCAGAGAACACCCACAUCUUCCGUCUCGACCAUCCUCGCGACGACGCCGUCAAGGCGGCCACCGUCCAGUGGCCCGCACACCCCGUCCGUGUCAAGGGCAAAUCAGGCAGAUCCAUCCAGUUUGGCAAUGGCAGCUGGAGGGAAGCCGAGGACGUGCUCAAGAGCGGGCCCCUCGGAAACACUGCCAUACGCAAGUUCAACCUCCCGCAUUAUCCAAACAGUCUCAAGUGGAAGCUCAUUCCUGGUAAUUGCUUCUGCUGUGUAACGAACGCCGUAAAAGGCCCCGUCGCCGUCCUCGAUGCUGCCACGCUCAGUGCUCCCCCACGAAUCAAAAUCUACGACUCGCUUAUCGACAAGGAGACAGCGCGCUCCCAAGACAAUUACAAGGGCGUCCCAACAAUCCUGCUCGACUACCUUGUUACCACCGCCCUCCUGCUCGUCACAGACGUCCAAGAAUGGCUUGACCGCCCAAGGGAAGCACGUAUCCCCGGCAGUAAUUCCUACACCAUUCAGCGCUGGCUUGCUCUCAUACACCACACACCGGCGCCUCCAGAACCAGACCACCCCACCGUAGACCUCAGCCUCACAGUCCCUUCGACCCCGCCACACUCUGCCACAUUCCCGUCUCCAGGAGGUGGUUGGGAUGCACAGAGUAGGGUGACGUCUAUGUCGGGAUCGAACGGUUCGGGAUCAGGUGCGUCAUACAUCGGUGAUCCGUUUACGCCAACGACCCCCGCUACGCCUGCCACGCCUGCGACGUCUGCACACUCGUCUAUGUUGUUCUCUCAGCCUGGGGAGGAUGUGCCUCCUGUGCCGCCAAUGCCCGCUUCGUCGAGCUCGUCUCCUUUCGUGUUUAACGUCAAUGAGCCCCGUCCUCGACAACGUCCCAAAUCGAAUCCGCAAACGUCCUCCUCGCAUUCCCCUACUUCGUCUACGUCAACGGCACAGGCAACACGAUUACCGAAUCCCCUCACUAUGCCCAUUAGUGUUCCUGGAGCGUCUUCUCUGCUAUCUCAGUCCGCGCCUGUCUCCGCCUCCGCCCCUACUUCCCCGUACCCUACUUCUGCAGGGCCAUCGACGGCUUCUUCGUCUUCCUCGGGCUCACGACUCGGACGGCGCCAGCUGCCAACACCUCCGGCUCCUGCCCCUCCGAACUCGUUCGCGCAACCCUGGCUGUAUCACUCGAGCUCCUCGUCCUCCUCGGCUUCUGCGUCUACUGCCACGCCUGCCCCCACUUCUUCUCUGCCGUCACCACCUCCUGGAACUCCGACGACAUCGGCGGGCGCGAGUGUCAACACGCCAUCGCGUACGGCCGCGCGCGUCUCUAUGCGCGGAACCCUGCGUACAGCAGCGAUACCGCCACCACCCCCUCCACCCUCAGGCUCGAUCCCUCUCCCGCCAAAAUUGGCACAGGAGCAGCGCGGGUACGCAAGUCCGCGGCCACGCACGGCGCCCGACCUGCAGGACGGGAACAGGCGGAGACAUUCCGCAGGGGAGUUUGGGGGGUACGCGCAGGCGGCGGCAGACGAGGGCACGCCCGCGAGCACGCACCCGUACGCGCAGGCGUACACGUCGCUGCGCGGGCGAGACGUUGACGAGCGCGAGGAGCUCGCGGCGCAGAUGCGCGGGCUGAGUGUGGGGCCGUCGACGUCGACUGCGCCGAUGGGACACGGACACGUGCGCGCCCCGAGUCAGCCUGCGCCGGACUACGACACGCACUCCUUCGUGAACAUGCCGCCGCCGGUUCCAGCGCUCUCGCCCUUGCCUAUACCGCACGGCGCAGGGGGCUCGGGGAUGCGCUCGCCCCCUGGCGGUUCUGGCAGGCGCGUGCUCACGGUGGUGAAUGGCGAUGCGAGCUCGCUGCCCGCUGAGGACCCGGGGCUGCUUCUGCACUCGGAGCGGGAACGGGAACGACGGAUACGGCAACAGCAACAACAACAGCAGCAGCAGCAGCAACAACAACAACAACAACAGGCAAGGAUGUCGUACGCGGACAGCGUGUACGAGAUGCCCCCGCCGGCGUAUGACGCGAUCGACUUCUCGGUCCCGCCUGUCCCGCCUUUGCCUCGUCAGCAGCAGCCGCAACAAGCAACGCAGAUGCAGCAGCUGUCGAUACCGCAGAUGGCGCCGGUGCCGAGUACGCCGUUACCGCGGACGCCUGUAGAAGAGCGCGGGGAGGGGCCGCGCGGGUCAUAGCACCCGCGCAUGUAACCCGCGUUGUCAAAGUCCGCGGAGUGGGAGUCAGCCAUAGGACCCCGCAUGUCAUUUUCACUCUCUUUGUUUCUCGUCACGCUCAUUAGACUUUCCCUAGUUUCAUGUCCACAGUUCCGGUACACUGUUGUCCAAUCUUAUACGCUCGUUUUGUUGCAUCAUCCAUUCCUUCCUCUGUUUCGUUCGCUCAUUCCAUCAUUCGCUGUCUUUCUUUUCUCACUGUGGCUGUUAGUGUCCCCCGUCUGCACACACAUCUGUCUUUUACAGCUGCAAUGUUCUUGGCCCCCACGCAUAUGCUUCUUCCUGUUCCACUUCACGUGUCGGUCUCCCUCCAUCUGUUGCUUGCAUCCAAUACGUGCGGGAUCUUGACGAUCUUGGCUCACUUCUCUGUAUCAUACGCUACAACACGUUUCUCUCUCUAUUACUGCCCCACCGCUGCCGCACAAUUCUCUGCCCCCUCUCGCCCUCCCCCUCCCCAUCAACCCGUGCAUGCCCGCUCUCCGCCCCGGUCUCGGGUCUCCAACUCCUCUGCUCCUCCUACGCGGUCGUUGGGCGUGGACUGCGCUGGCCAGCAAAACAAGACUGCUCGCAUAUCGUACUCGCGCCGGUCCGUAAUACGCAUACCCUCCGCCACAAUACAAUAUAUCCCGUUGCUCGCCCCGGCCCCCCAAUCCCCUCCGAUCCCAUCACCAUCGCCGUCGUCCAGGAACCCCCUCCUUCUCCCCGUGUCCCCACGGCCCCGGGUCAUGUCGCCGCUUCUCCCACCCGCGGGCGUGCUUCGUCGGCUGUGUUCACUUUGGGCUGGGUACGCUUGUCUCUCGACCCCGCCUGUGCGCGAAUGUUAGAUACGGCAACGCGAAGUUCUCCCUCGCUUUCCUUUUCACGUCCAUCGUUGCCGGUCUUCGGAACGGGGAGAUGCCCGUGGGGGACCCGGGCCGCUUCCUUCGGUAUCUCGUAAAGUCAUCUUUAGUUUGGCGUUUGGCAGUUUUCAUAUGUCGUUCUGCUCUCCUUUCAGCACGGCACACGCGUCAUAUCCGUGCGGGCAGGGCCGCAGCAGCCACUGUCGACGUGCUUCUGUCUGUCCGUCUGUCUGUUCGGAUUGUUGGACUUCUUCUUCUCCCCGGUCGUCCCAUUGGUCGCUCCACUUCAUUGUGUUACUUACUGUUUCCGUGCGCCCCCGCUUCCCACUUCCGAAUUCGGUCACCAUCGCAAUCGCAUAUCCGUACGCAAUCUAUUACCUUACGUCCGGCCCCGCCCGAGUAGCGUGCCGCAGUCUGUUAUAUAUUGUACAAAGAUCUCCUCAUUGCACCAAACCCCCAAUACAUGUACUACUACACGCUCGCAUCUAAUCGUCGUCCUUCUCUCUUCGCCCUAUACAUACAUACAUGUAAGGCCCUCUAUAAAC